AGAGAGAAGAAGGCAGGGAGGGAUCCAUCCUAGCCUAGCUAGCUGAGCUCCACACCAGAGACGUAAACCUCAAGAAACCAAUCACCCUCAGCGCAGAACAGGAACUCGAUCGACAUGGCCAGUCUGGGCGUCGCCGUGCUCGCGCUCCUCGUGGCCGCGACGGCGGUCGCGUGCCUCGCCGUCCCGGCCUCCUCGGGCGCCGUUGACUUUGGCGGGCUGGACGCCCUGGUGGCACGCUCGGGCGGCAGCAAGGUGGCGUGCUUGGGUGCUGCCGUGGGCGAGUGCGGCGUGGACGAGGACGAGGAGCUCGGGCUGGGCGGCGGCGCGAGCGAGGCUCUGCGCCGGACGCUGGCGCAGCGGCAGCCGACGAACCGGUACAUCAGCUACGCGGCGCUGCGCGCGGACCAGGUGCCGUGCAACCAGCGCGGCAAGUCCUACUACACCAACUGCGCGUCGCAGAAGCCCGCCAACCCCUACCGCCGCGGCUGCUCCGCCAUCACCCGCUGCCAGCGCAACACGAACUAACUGAUCCAUCUUUCAGUUCUCGAUCUGCCUGGCUCUCUCACACACGAAUUCAACCGUGUCAUUCGAAGGGAUCGAUGAUCGGAUG